AUGAAGAGCAUAGUGUUAGUGUUGUUUUUAGUGUUAUGUGCUUAUGCACUAGACGAUUUUGAAAAUACCGGUGUUCGGUUAGCUUUGAAAAUUUACGAUGAUUGUUCGAAAACCGAUGGAUUUUCACCGUGUUUAAAGAAAAAAGCCAUCACGUUCCUCGACAGAUUAGGCCGCAUGGAUAAUCUGUCCCUAGCCGAUGGAGUAGUAGUUCAAAAAACUGCCGACGCACCCAAAGAUGAACCUGCCAUUACCGAGGAACAACUAGACCAAACUCUUCCUAGAUCAUCUGAAGGCAAAGAUGCAGCCCUUACCGAAAUGCUGAUGGACAAAAUUAGUAAAUUCUUUGGAUCAAGAUCAAUCGAAGUAGCUUUACCGAGAAUUGAUGCAUCAGUACUUACCGAAGCAGGUCGUUUUGGUGACUUCGGCGACGGUGGUGGAGGACAUGGCCAUCACGGUGGUGGUGGCGGCGGAGGCGGCGGCGGCCAUGGUGGUGGACUUGGCGGACUUGGCGGACAUCACGGUGGCGGCGGCGGCGGUAAAGGUAAAGGAAAGAAGAAAGGAGGCGGCGGAGGAAUGAAUGGAAUAAUGAUGUUAGUCGGCGCAAAAAUGGCAACCUUAGGAUCCGUAGCGAUCGCAGCUUUAUUCCUUUUAGUCAAGAAAGCGUUUAUCGUUGCUAAACUGGCCCUUCUCAUAUCCGGAAUAAUUGGUAUCAAAGAACUUUUAGCUAAAAAACAGGGAGGCGGUGCCAGCGUAAUAACUGUAGGUGGAGGAGGCGGUGAUCAUCACCAUGGAGGCGGCGGUACGGAGUAUCACGUCGCUGGAGGUGGUGGCGGCGGAGGUUGGCAAUCCAGUGGAGGAGGCUGGGACAAGAGAACGCAAGCUUUUGUUAUUAUGCUUGUUCUUUUCGCAAUGGUGCUGUGCGUGGAUGGUUUCAGCUGGUUCAGUUUUGGAAAUGGGGUGGAAGAGUUUAUUUGGAAUAAAACUGCUCCUACGAAAGGCCCCAUUGAGGAGACCAGAAAAAAGAAGAAAGGAAAGAAGUUCAUGAUAAAUUUGGUGCUCGCUCUAUUCAUAAUAAAAAGUGUCCUCAUGCCAAUCGCCAUCAAAGUGAUGGCGGUUAUGUCCAGCGUCUCCGUGGUCUUAAGUACCAUGAGUUUGAUAAUUUCUUCACUGAUAGGUUAUUCUAAAUUAGCCUGGAGACACGCAGGACCAACUAUAAAAUUCAUUCAGGGUAAAGAUCCUUGGAGCAAGGACGAAAACAUUGUAACUGGCUUAAGCGAUGGGUUGGACUACUUGGGGCCGAGUAGUGGUUUGGGACACGAUAUCGGGACUGGUACAUUGGAACAUUUACACUACUAUCAGAAGUAACUGUUUAAAAAAAUGUUGUUUACUGUUUAAUAGUAAAUUAAAUUAUUUGUGUUAUUUUAUUUAUUGCUAUUAAAUAUUUAUUCA